AUGAGCUACUACCACAGCUACAAUGGAGGCCUGGGCUAUGGCUAUAGAGGCUUUAGGGGCCUAGGCUAUGGCUAUGGCUGUGGAUGUGGAAGUUUCCACCGACUGGGCUAUGGCUGUGGCACUGGUGGCUAUGGAUAUGGCUCUGGCUAUGGAGGCUAUGGACGUUCAUGUUUAGGAUCUUACCUUGAAAAACACAUCAAACCUACAUCUCCUGACACCAUGAGCUACUACAGCGGCUACUACGGAGGCCUGGGCUACGGCCAUGGUGGCUCCAGAGGCCUGGGCUGCGGCUAUGGUUGUGGCUGUAACAGCUUCCGCAGACUGGGCUAUGGCUGUGGUUAUGGAGGCUACGGAUAUGGCUCUGGCUAUGGAUGUGGUUCAGGCUACGGAUAUGGCUCAGGCUACGGAUAUGGCUCUGGCUAUGGAAAUGGUUCUGGCUACGGAUAUGGCUGCUGCCGCCCUUCAUGCUGUGGAGGGUAUGGGUUCUCCAGCUUCUACUGA